GCAGCCUCAUUUGCAUGACGAGGCAAGGUGGAAAGUAUGCUUCAAUGGGGGAAAGUAUGCUUCUCCCUCUUUUGGUGGCAGUGUGCGAAAUCGCUUCGAUCGACGAGCGAUUGUUGAGUAUUCACGGCGAUGCCAACAGUUGGUUGCCAGCGCUGCACUCGAAACGUUUUCUCUUCCCCCAAAAAAAAAAAAACCACAAAGCUCCGGAAAAGCAGGCAAAAAAGCCGUCGCGAAGUAAUCGGAAAAACUCUAAAGCAACAAAGAAAAAAAAAAACAAAAAACAACUCGGAAUAAAUCAAGUGAAAAUGGUGGUCGACAUUAAGAUGUGCCGAUUUGAUAAUGUGCCCUGGGGCUUUCGACUCGUCGGCGGAGCAGACUACGACUAUCCGCUGACGGUGGUUAAGGUGACCGAGGGCAGCAUUGCUGACGAGGCAGGACUCCGGGUCGAGGACAUCGUCGUGCGCAUCAAUGACACCGCUGCCACGCCCCUUAGCCACGAUGAGGCCCACCGCCUCAUUAUGAACAGCGGCAGCGUCUUCUACUUCGGCGUCUACCGGGAAAACGAGGAGGACGCCUACGAGUGCCUCAAGAAGUUUCCCACGAGCGAUGGUUCGUUGACCAUUUCGCCGUCGCCAACUCCAUCGCUGUCCCAGCUGCCGGAAGCCACAAAUGCUCGCAGUCCGGAACCGGAGUCCUUCAUCCCGCCUCCACUGGAAUUCUCAGCGUCUAUUACCGCUCCAGUUGAGAACGUGGACAUGGAUGUGGAUGUGGGUAGCCUGGCUGAAUGUCGCCAAGUCGCCGUGUCGGAAGUGCAGGCGGAAGACAAUCGCGGGAAUUGUCUGCCCGUCGAGGCAGAAGGGCAUCCCAUUCCCUCCACUGCCACCGCCACUGCCACUGGCAUCGAAGGACUCUACUUGCCCGAUUUGCCCGAUCGCCCGUGCUCCGUGCUGUCCGAAAGGCAGGAAAUUAAGCUGGUGGAGGAGGAAAUUGCAGCUGUGCUGUCCGGCGAAUCGGAGGUGCUCAAGGAGCACAAUGUUCUCGGCGUCAAUUUCUACAGGAUCUUCCCCAAGCCGGGCGUCUGCAUGUCCAGCGAUGUCCUGCGCUCCCUCAACGAGGAGGUGACCAAGACCAAGCUGGAGAAGGACAAGGAGAACCGCCAGUGGUCCACCUUCCUCCAGCGACCCAAUCGCCCGGUUCCCAAGAGCAAACAGGCCUUGGAGGCGGAGAGACGGGCGGCCAAUGCCUACAAGGUGUCGAUUGUCAAGUCGGCGCCACGUGAGAAGUCUCCCAUGCCGGAAGCUAAACCGGCGCCAAAGGAAACCACACCACCGAAGGAGGAAAAGGAGGAGCAGUCUGUGGUGGAGGAUGAGCCAGUGGCCGAGCAGGAACCUCUUCCGGAGGCCGAGAAGCAGGAGGAGGAGCCACUGCCCACCGACAGCGAGGUGCCGAAUUUGGAACAGCUGCCGGAGAACGAGUCGCCGGACGAGCAGCCGGAGAAAACCGAUGCCCCCAAGGAUGUUGGCGAAGGGGAAGUGGCACCUUCCGAAACGGGUUCACCUGGGGCUCCCGAAACUUCCGAACCUUCAUCAGCAGAAGCAGCAGAAGCAACAACAACUAGUCCUCCGGGGGAGGUGAGAACCCCGCCCAAAACCGACGAGGAGCUGGCCCUCGAGCGGCAGUUGGCCGACGUGCAGAGACAACUGGCGGCCCUCUCGUCACUGCCCUCCACCAUACAGUCCACCCUGGAUGCGGUGACCAAGCAGCUGGCCGAACUGCUGCCCACCUUCAAGCUGCAGCAGCAGCAGGAGCAGCAGCAGGAUCAACAGCCGGAAGCUCCUCUCCAGCCACAAAUCGAUGAAAAAACUGGUGAAGGGAAGGAGGAGGAGCAGCUGAAUGGGGAAACCAACACCGCAGGCCAAAUUGCGGAUGCAGGAAGGGACAUAUCCAUAUCUGGAGCUGGAGCUGACAACCCACUGGGGCCAUGUGAGAAUAAUGAGGAUAGAUGCGAUGCCAAUGACCGGGAAGUGGCGGAAAUAUCGCGCUCCACUGACGACAAUCGCCUGGCCAAGGAUAAGGAGAAGGAUAAAGAGAAGGAACAGGAGCCGUUGUCCGAGGAGCAGAGCUUCAAGAAGCAGAAGAGACACGAUGUCAUUGAGGAGCUCGAGGAGCAUUUGGUGCGCAAAAACAAUCCCCGGCGGUCGAAGCGGGCCUUUGGGCCGUUGGUACCGUCCUCGGAGCGUCCUUUGGUCCUUCCCGGCGGGAGGCGUUGGUACCGUCCCAAGGAUGCCUACAACGACGAGUUCAUUGCCGAGACCCUGAGCGCCCAGGCGGAGCUCAUCACGGGCAGCACUCUCGGGGUCAACUUCAUGAAGUACCAGAAGCCGGAGCGCAAAAUCGAUCUGAAUCGCAGCGAGGUGUACAAGUAUCUCAAUCCGCAUCUGGACCGAGCACCCGUCCGUGGCAUCGAGGUGCGUGCCCCACUGGUGGCCGCCGAGUCCGACAUUCGCCAAUCGCUGCAAUCGUAGGAGUGAUGUGCCACUUCAGAGAACCACCCAGUCCCACAACUACACGGAAAAAAAUCAAUUCAAUCAACAUUUUCUGUGGAAGCAGACCGCCAGGGGAUUUGGCAAAACUAUUGCUUAGAAUAAAUACAAAUUGUUAACUCACAGAAUAAAAAAAACAUUAUGAGAAGUAUGUAAAAAAAUAAUAUAAAUAAAUUAAUUUUAUUUA